AACAAUCCACUUGACAUUUUAAAACUUACUUUAUCCAACUUUUACUUAAUUCAACAAUAUAACGACUACCUUUUGGUUCGAGCCUAGACGUGCGAAUGUCAACAAGGUGACGUACGUCACAGUAAACUGCGCGUCGUUACGUCACAAGAGUCUAACCUUUAAGCCUAGCUUCAUUGUCAUUCGUGCGUCUAAUCUCGAACGAGCAGGUCGAGCAAGUAGCCGCUUCGUAUAUUGUUGGAUUAAGUCUUUAUAAACGUGAUUAUUACGAUUACUAUAAUUGGUGAAUCAUAAGCAUGAUGGCUAUUUCGAAACAUAUACAUAUUUCGUACGAUUUUUGUGUCAGAAAUAAACAUAAUACAUUGAUUCCUCGGGAUUUAUUCGAAGUGUGUCGGGUGCGCGAUAUUGAGACUCAAUUUUACGAUCCAUCGUAUCUUAACUUUAUUUAUGUAGAAUCGCAUGAUGAUGAGUGUUAAAAUGUCAAGUGGAUUGUUGUAUAAUAAGAACGUGUGUAUGCGAUUAACGUCGGGAGUGCCGUGCAAGUUUCGCGCGAAUUAAUGAGACGUAUUUUUGUGAGUGAAUGCCACGACGAAGUAACAUGAGAGGUUAAGGAUCCGGGGAGAUAGCAACGGCGAGAAGCAAUUGCAAUAUCAACUCAUCGUAACUUCAAUAUCAUCAACUCCGCUGUGCAUCGAUCGAAGGCAUCGCGUACGAAUCGCGCGUUUCCAUGGUGGAUACUUUCCAAGAACGCAUAAUGCCGGAAAUUGAUCCAUACUUCGAUACCACAAUGAUCUCCAACAUCACUGGCUUGGCCGGAGAUACUGUUCAACUAGGAUGUAGAGUAAAGAAUCUCGGAAAUAGAACGGUCUCGUGGGUGAGGCAUCGUGAUAUUCAUCUGCUGACAGUUGGUACUUACACUUAUACGAGCGAUCAGCGUUUCGAGGCGAUGCAUAAUAAACUUCAUACAGAUGAAUGGAUCCUCAAAAUACGAUAUCCACAGCGAAAGGACUCCGGUACCUACGAGUGCCAAAUAUCCACCACUCCGCCCAUCGGUCAUCCUGUUCAUCUCAUUAUAGUCGAACCUGUGACGGAGAUAGCCGGUGGUCCAGAUUUGUUUAUUAACAAGGACAGUACGAUAAACUUAACAUGCUACGUGAGAUACGCGCCCGAACCUCCGUCGACGAUAAUUUGGAGUCAUAACCACCAGGCGAUUAACUUCGACUCACCGAGGGGUGGCAUCAGUCUGGUAACGGAAAAGGGGACCGUGACUUCGAGUCGUUUACUCAUUCAGAAGGCGAUCGAGAGAGACUCCGGCCUUUACACGUGCUCGCCUAAUAACACUCAUUCUAACAGCGUACGAGUCCACAUAGUCAAUGAAGAACAACCAGCGGCGAUGCAUCAUGGCAGCGGCGACAGAAUGGCCGCGACGUUGUUUCCGGUCGUCCUACUUCUUUGGAUGAUAUUCUAGCCGACGCUAUGCACUCCGGGUUGAAUGUGCGCGAACUUAAGCGCGGUCGUCUAACUCCUACGAAACUAGCGGGCGGUUCUGUUUCGCGGUUUUGUCUCUGGGAAUUCAGCUCGCUGCGACGCGCAUUCGACACAUUCGCCUUGCGAAAGUAACGUGAAUCUCACCCAUGGUUCGCGUCGCGACGUCUCCCCCAUUACAUCAUUAGAGCGUCAGGCUGACUAACAAUAAGACGCAUCCACGUUACGAGAAAUUCAAUUGUCAUGUCGUCGUCUGAAAGACACGAACUGAAACGAUAAUAUUAGAAUAAAUAUAUCAAUAAAUGAUAGAUUGAUGCGAUUACAAUCGCUGAGUAUAUAUUUCGUUCUAUAUGAUCAUGUAUAAGACGAUAUAAUUAUAUUUUUUGAAAAACGAGGACGAAAAUUUAGCUUAAUAUAUAGAAGAUUAAGAUACAAAUUAAAAAAUAAUAUUUUCGAUUAACAAAGAGAUUGAAUUAUCCAACGAAAUUUUGUAAUCAUUUAUUCAGUAAUUUUUUUAUCUCGUAAUCAACAGAGAAAAGUUAUUCUACAACACUUAUUAACACGAUUAGUCGGUUUGCUGAAAUUGGAACUAUCGCGGUAUUUUUAAGGCUAUAAUCAUUUUGCAAAAAAGAACAAUUUUAAAAUCUUGCCUCGCUAAGAAAACAAGCACGAAGUCUUUUUCUACUUCGGUGAUAAGUCGCAAGUCCGUUUCUAUCGUCUUUAGAAUCUUUCUCCACUUUUCAAAAUAAAAAUCUGCGAAGAAAGAACAUUUUCGCAAAGACGGAGACUAGCCAUACUAAUAUAACGCUUGACCUAUUAUAAAAACGAUCCAAUAAACACAUUCCUGAAAUGAUACUUGGGAAGAAAGGAACAGCAAUGAGAAGAUUGCACUAAUACCAAGUAAAUCCGACUUUAAGGUGACAUUUUCCAAUAUUAAGCAAAUAUAAAGAAAACGCUCUUUGUGCGAAUUCUAUGAACUUCGACAAAAAAUUCAGAAAACGAUUCGGAUAUUUAGACGAACGCAAUCUCACGCAAAAUUGCGUGAUAAUACGCGAUGAAUUUAUUAAUGUAUCAAAUGGAAGAAACACACGCGCUACACCGAACGCAAUAUGUCGGGGAUAUUUCAUUUAUAAUAAAAUUUAUCAUCGCGUCUACCAUUCCCACUUAACAGCCUUGAACACGAAUACCGCGUUUCCGUUAUUGCAGUUAUUCAAUUAUUGAAUGCAUUCGGUAGACUGAACGUUCGCUCCACUCGUUGCGACUGUCUCCUGCUGCGACUAGGGUAUAUAUCCGGACGUAAUCUUGUUAUCGGAUUAUUGAUUGUCGCGCAUGAGACGAGUUGGAGGCUUUUAUGCAAGUAGAAUUUUAUUAAUUUAUAAAUACAUAUACAUCUAAAAAAAGUCACUAUACUACGUUAUGAUGUUCUAAAAUUUGAAAUAUAUAAGGUACGAUAAAAAUGUAACAGUAAUGAAAACGCAUGAGUUGCUUUAACGAAGACAAACAAUAUUAAAAGAUGAUAUAUAUCAUCAUUUAUGUGGAUAUGCGCGGAUAUCAGAAAUAUUUACUGAGAGAACUCGAUUAAACUGUUGCUUUUAUUUGUCAAUUUUAUUUAAUGAGA